UGUGUACACGUGUGUCGUGCUGUUAUUUAGCACUCUCCUGCACCGAAGUAGCAGCAACAGCAGCGCCACGACUCGCUGGCUUGGCUCGAGGCGAGCGUUCAGCGAUGAUAAUUGUCACUAAUUCGCAUACACGGCGAGAGUGGGGUAGGUGGGUGGUGGGGGUGACUGCUGCUGCUUGCUUGAGCUGAACUGGAUAGAGGCAGACAGGGACACCCCCCAGAGGCUGUUUUAUGACACAGGCAAACAUUUGACGGCGCUGUUCGGCCAAAGCGGCGAGUUUGAUGAAAGCAACAGUUUUCAAAGUUGUAACUGCUGCAACAGCGGUACCGCUUGCCUUGUUCGCGCGCAACUGGUGUGUACGGGGGUAGUACUGCUGUCGGAGGGGUUGUCUAAGAGUGUAAGAAGUCCAGCAGCUGUAGGGUUUAGCGAGCGACGUGGAUCCGUUCCACGGCUGCGUUCGCAGACCGUGAAUCCAACCGCCGCGUGCGUAAAAGGAAGUCAUUGGAGCAUUUACGCAGUGCACACAACAACAACAACAAACUACGACGACGACGACGACUACUAUCGCCCAUACGCUGCGGCGUUAAACCCAACUCGAUCCUGAUGGCAGACAGACCUUCAACUAAGCGGAGUCGACGAGCGAAUGGGCACAUGGACACAACGAAUGUGGGACGUGAUCGGAUUCGGCCGCAGCACCACGAUCAUGAUCAUGAGCAGCAGCAACAACAACAGCCGCAGGACGUGGACCUCAACUCACUCUUCCAGGCUUGCGACACCAACCACUCGGGGGACAUCGAUUACGAUGAAUUCUCCGACAUCUGCAAGGAGCUGCGGCUUCAGCCGGCUCAGACAGACGCGCUCUUCCGAGACCUGGACGCGGACAGCGACGGCGCCAUCGACUUCCGCGAGUUUUCCCAGGGCUUCAGCUGCAUCGCCGCGUCCCUGGGCCAGGUGAAGGGCCAGGUGAAGGGCCAGGGGAAGGGCCAGGUGAAGAGCCAGGUGAAGGGCGAGUCCGGGUCGCCCCGAGACACCUGCAAGAGGCUCGAGCGAGCGCCGUCUUGCCAGGAGGAGCCCGCGGCGUGGGACGACUUCGCGGACACGCUGACCGGGCUGCGCACGAUGAGCGGCCAGGACAACAUUGCGGAGCUCUACCAGCAGAUCGUGGCCACCUCGGACGCCCACCUGCUGCAGAGCUACGAGCGCGUCGUGCGCGACCUGCUCGGAGCCGUCGAGAGGCAGGGCGCCGAGACGGAGCGCGUCGCGGCAAUACUCAAGCGCUCUCAGGAGCAGACGGCGGAACGGCUGGGGGAGAUGGACGAUGAGAUGGAGCAGCGACUUGAGGCGCACGGACAGAAGAUCCGCAAAGAGGAGCGCGCACGCGCCGAGCACGUGAUCGGCGACCUGAAACGGCACUACGAGGGGGAAGCCACUGACUUGAAGCUGGCAAUCAAAAAGCUGAAACAGUUAGAAAACAUCGCCAGGAGUACCGAUUCAGCAGAGGACGUGAUGGAACUGAAGAGGCGAAUGGGCGAGGUCACUCUGGAAAAUCAAAAGUUAAAGAAGAAUCUUCUGGAGGCCCAGACCAACGUGUUGGUCAUCCAGAGCGAGCUGGACUCCCUCAAGAUGGAGAUGACGAACCGGACGCUCACAUUCGAACAGGAGCAGAUGACAAUUAAAGAGCUGGCGGAGGAGAGGAUUGGGCUUCUUCGACAAAUCGAAGUCCUCCAGGCAACGAACCGGAAAAUUCAAGACAGCAACGAUGGCAUGAGGUCCGUGGUGGAAAGCAGCUUUUCCUCCCAAAGAAGAUCGGCUUCCAAUCACGCGACGCCCCCACCGCAUGCGACGGCCUUCCAGAGCACGCCGCUCUCGCACGGCCAGCACAGCCCCCGGCGAUCCCCGCAGCCGUACGACGGCAGGUCCCCGUGCCUCGCCUCGCCGCUGGAGCGCGAGGCGGACUCGCUGGCACUGUGCGACCCCAUGUUGCGCCCGCGGCGGGCGAGCGUGUGCGGCGAGACGGAGAGCCUGGGCGCCGUCAGCUGGUCGGACAGCGGCCUCUCCACGCAGCAGGAAGACGCGCGCGACGACGCCGACAGCGACGCCGGCACGGACGUGGAGGAGGGCGGCACGCGGGCCCAUGAGGCCGCCGCCGGGAGGAGGCGCGUUGCCGCCGACGCCGGCGGCGGCAGCUUCGUCGACGCCGGGCACUCAUCCGACGCCGAUGCACCCGAGCUUGCCGAGGACCCGCCCGCGACGGCGAAGGCCGUGGCCCUGUCACACGGCGAGUGGGCCCCGUCGGCGCCGGUCAGCCGCAGCGGCUCCAACGCCUCGUCCCGCCGCUUCAUCCCAGCGUUCCGCAAACGGCAAGAGAGCUCCCAGAGGGGAGGAGCUCCCUCCCAUUCGGACCGAGUCUACAAGCUGGUCUUGGCUGGAGAUGCCGCAGUUGGCAAGUCCAGCUUUCUGCUUCGCCUCUGCAGGAACGAAUUUAGGAAGGACACGAUCGCUACUCUUGGAGUGGACUUUCAAAUGAAGACGCUGAUUGUAGACGGAGAGCACAUGGCCCUUCAGCUCUGGGACACAGCUGGGCAAGAGAGGUUUCGGAGCAUUGCUAAGUCGUACUUCAGGAGAGCAGAUGGUGUGUUGCUCCUCUAUGAUGUGACCUGUGAAAAGACCUUUCUAAACGUGAGGGACUGGAUUGACAUCAUUGAGGACUCCGCACCAAAAUCGAUUCCUGUGAUGCUGGUUGGAAACAAGAGUGACAUGAGGAACAUGUCACCUGGAGACGAUCAGAAAUACGUGUCCCACACGUUCGGAGAGAAGCUCGCGAUGAAUUACAAUGCCCUGUUUUGUGAGACGAGUGCCAAGGAUGGCUCCAACGUGGUGGAGACGGUGCUACACCUGGCCCGGGAGGUCAAAAAAAGGGCCAAUUCUUCGGAAAGCGAACCGCCUGCCAAAGGAGUCGAAGUUGACGAUGAAAAUAAAAAAAACAAGUGUUGCAAAUUAUAAGGUUUACAUGGAACUCGAUCAGAGCUGCGCUCAACUUGACCUCUGGGCUUCUCGGCUGGUUCACACAUGGAUGUAGAUAUCUGACCUUGAGUCUGAUGACAUUCAUUUCGAAACUGGAAGAAAAACUUCUAUAUAUGUUUUCACUGCUGCAAAUAACUUAUUCCAACCUGCUAUUGUGCUGUAUAUAAAUAAAAGUUUAUGAUCAAAGUGCAAUCUAAAUGUAAUAUAUAUAUAGCAGAUAGAUUUAGAACAUUUUUAAAGUUGCAUAUUUUAGGAGAGAAAAAAAUAUAUAAGGAAUGUAACUUGUUUAAUAAAGUGAUUUUUUUAACAUGCACCUUAAAGGUUAAGUCAUUAAUAUGUAAAUAGUUUAUUGAUUAUGAAAUAUUUUGUAAUGAUAAACUUUGGCCUUUUUAAUUAACAAGAUGUCUGGCCAGCGUGGAAGAGUAGACCAAAGUAGUACCCUCUAAGAGGGGAUCUCUCGUGCUUCUCCUAGCGGAGGCCCUUCUGCUAGCAGUGGUGUGAGCAGGAAAUUACAGCGCUGCACCUUUACCAUUGUUAAAGCGUCGUGAUGAACUGUGACAUUUAAGCAAAGCAGCCUGAGCAGGUACAACACACUCAAUAGCGAUAUGAUUUCAUGCUCGGCUAAAGGGCUUGCACGUUAAAAACACAUUUCGAUAUUUAUAGCAACCCAGAAUGGUUGAGAAGGUACCAGUGCGUUGGUUCAGAAGAAAUGCAUAGUGUUUCAGUUACACAAAUGGAAAGAGGCGAAACGUUUUCUAAGCCAUACACAAGUUUCCCUUUUGAUUCGUGCGAGGAAUGAGGUUUUUGUGGCAAUCUCGUCGCAUCGCAACUGUUUUUUUUAAGGAUUGUGUUAAAAUCGAACAAAAGACAAUUGACGGCGUUGCUCUAUUAUACGGCCAAAUGUCCCCGAGGCGCGCUGCGGUGCAGAAGUUGUGACACGCUGGCAGGAGCAGACACAUACGGCCCUCGUAUGUCACCAGAGCCGAGUGGGCCACAGUAAUGCAUGCUCGUGGUGGCCGACACAAGAGUGAUGAUAAUGAGGAUGCCAAUAAUUUACAGGCCAGCAUUUCUUCACUGGUUGUACCCCGCAAUUUCCUUUAAUUGCGUGGCUGUUUAUGAGCCUAAGAUGUCCGUAAAAUACUCCGUGCUGGCAUAUUGCCUAUAGAGAUUUACAAACUGUAUCAGUAAAUCAUACAACAAGGCUUGAUUAUUAUUCCUCUUGUUACUUGCCCUGAAAUAUUCCCACACCGUUGGAAUUUUAACAUGAAUUAUGCAAAAAAAAACCCUCCUGAAUUGAUGUGUCGGUACAAAUAGUACAUUUCAGUCGUUAUGGAUGUUUUAUAAUAUUAACAGAAACGUGUGCUGGUUCAAUUAAAAUAUUUUUUUUAUUGCGAAUGCUUUCAAGCAUACAGGUAAACAGUUGUUUAAGUUGAAAAAAAUAAAACUGCAUUGCUUA